CAAAUAUGUAAGCGUUAUAAGUUAGGUAAAAGAUCUUUCCAUAUUAUCCGCUAGUUAUCGAAUAUGGUGCCAUUUUGCGUAACUCCAUCCAAUUUGUUAUCUUAAAUAAUACCUACACUAUAAAGCACAGGCAUUGUUGGCUUAGACGUAAUUCUGCAAAUGUUGGAGUUACUGUGCACACUGCGUAAAGUAUGGAAUUAUUAACACGAAAGGAAAUAAAUUAUAUUGCAAAACAAUGCGGGUUUACAAAAGUGUUGGAUUGCGUCACUGAAGAAUUCCCUGACAAAGUCUUAGGGUAUCUAGGUGACCAUUUGAAGUUAAUAAUCGAAGUUGAGUCAAAUGGGACCAAGUCGAAAUUAAACCUUUUUGUUAAGUGCAUGCCGAGAUAUGAUAAGUGGAAGGCGAAAUAUCUCACUGAUCUGAAAUUCUUCAAGAAGGAAUAUGUCAUGUUAAGUUCGCUUUUCAAAGAAUUUGAAAAUCAUAAAGGCACACGAAAAUGGCGUCCCGAUUUACUCUUUAUCAAAGAAGACAUCUUUGUGUUUGAAAACGUAGCUCUUCUUGGGUAUGAAAUGCCUCAUAACCAAAAAACUAUGCAUUAUGAAGAUGUUAAAGCAACAGUGGAGACUUUAGCAAGAUUUCACGCUCAAUCUUACAUUUACGAGGAAAAGAAAAGUAAGGAACUCGGCCGGCCGUACAGGAUUUGGGAGGACUACAGCGAUUACCUCCACGAACCAAAUAGAGGUCUAUCCUGGAGAGAUACAGGAAGAAACGCCGCAAUCGAAUACCUCAAAGUAUAUUCUACCCAUAGAUCAAAACCAAAUUUCAAUCGAUACAUAGGCAAGAUCAUACCCGCAUUAUUUGAUACCGCAAUGGAACUUAUGAAACCGAGUACUGAGUACAGGAAUGUUGUUGCUCAUAGAGAUUUGUGGACCAAUAACAUAUUCCUAAAAAAGGAGUCAAACUCCCCGUGCCACGCAUUGUUCGUUGACUAUCAAACUGUUGUGUAUUCAUCCCCAAUGCUUGAUUUGUCUUCACUGAUAUAUUUUAAUACCACAAGAAGUGAUCGCGAGGCAUGGACGAAGGAAUUCCUGGAAUUAUACUAUACAGUACUUUCUAGAGAACUGGACAAUGCAGGUAUAGAUAUCGAACAUAUAUUCAGUAAAUGCAUUAUUUCAGAAGCAUACGAAAAAAGUCUAGUGUUUGCAUUAACUCAAGCUGCUCUCAUAACGCCUAUAGUGGCCAUGAGUAAACAGAAAAGAGAAGAGAUUUUCGACGAUCCCGAGUUGUCAGAAAGAAUUAAUGUCGUGAGCCGCAGCAAAGAGUUCAUUGAUUAUGCGAAAGAAGAUGCUAACUAUCAAACUCGAGUGACAGAGUUGUUGGAUGAAAUUGUGGAAAGAUACGUUUUCCCAAAUGACACAAAUGAGUUAAUAUAAUGGUAAAUAAUAUACCUUCUUCAUUGAUAUGUGUACAUGUAUCAAGUCAUAUGAUAUCUUCUAACAGCUAAUACUUUUACGUUCUAUUUUUUAUUUACUGUACGGUCGGCAAGACAGUGGCAUACCUGCUUCGAAUCAAUUUUAAGAGUAAGGAUAAUAGCGAUAAAGUCGACUGUUGUUUUUGUCAGUAUGUUUCUGUAUGGGAAAAUCAACUUUCUUGUUCAAUGACGCGCGGAUCAUUUUCAACCUUA